AUGGCAAGUAUGCAACUUGCCCUGCUCUGCGUGGCUGCGUAUCUGCUGCCAGGCUACCUGGCCCUGCCACUGUCCUGGGAAGCUGGAGACGUGAGCACGCUGCAAUGGGAACUCGCUCAGAAUUAUCUUAGGAAAUUUUACCUUCACAACUCUAAAAUGAAGGAGGCCAGCAGUCUAGCGAGGAAACUCAAGGAAAUGCAGAUGUUCUUUGGCCUGCCCGUGACUGGGAAGCUAUCCCCACACAUCGUGGAAAUAAUGCAGAAACCCAGAUGUGGAGUGCCAGAUGUUGCAAAGUACUCACUAAUGCCAAGCAGCCCAAAAUGGCAUUCCAAAACUGUCACCUACAGAAUCACAUCCUAUACCUCAGACUUACCGCAGCCCGUGGUGGACCAAAUCGUGGAAAAGGCUCUUGGAAUGUGGAGCAAGCAGAUCCCACUGGACUUCAGAAGAGUCACGCAAGGCACUGCAGACAUCAUGAUCCGCUUUGCACGGGGAGAUCAUGGAGACAACUUUCCAUUUGAUGGGCCAGGAAACACUCUAGGUCAUGCUUUUGCACCUGGGCCAGGCCUAGGAGGAGAUGCUCACUUUGACAAGGAUGAGUACUGGACUGACGAUAACACAGGCGUGAACUUCCUGCUUGCUGCCACCCAUGAAUUUGGCCACUCUCUGGGUCUGGCUCACUCUUCUGUGCCCACUGCUGUGAUGUACCCUACCUAUGAAAGGCACACUACAGAAGGCUUCCAGCUUACAGAGGACGACAUUGCAGGAAUUCAGAAGUUAUAUGGUAAUAAUUAUGGCUUUCAAGAAAAGAGUGUCAGGCUUGACAGAAAGCUGUCAGAAAACAGGGCCUUCCCUGGAGAACCACAGUGA